CCCCUCCAGCCCACUCCUGAGUCGCUGCGCUCCGGGGGCUCAGCCCCCGAAACUCGCUGAGCUGGCGGCAAGUCACGAAAAACGGUUCGUGGUGCUAAGAUGCAAGUGCUAAUGACCAGGGUGCCGGGCCUCUGCCGAGCCUUUGGGGGUGCGAUGUGCGACAGUGGUAAGGUGCGCUGCGGCUCUGCAUCGCGAGUGUGGCGUUGCGGUGUGUCUGUGUGGUGCUAUCGCCUGGCCGGGCGCCCGGAGCGUGAGGAAUGCGCAUCAGCAAACUUCCAGCCAGCCAGCAAGUUUUCGGGACGUGACGUCAACUCCGCAACCAACAUCCGGCACGCGCUAGUGGAGAUGCUGCUGGGGCACAAGCGACCUGCAUCGCUGCAGAAUGGCGGCGGCGGGGGCAGCGGGGGCGGCGGCAGCGGCGGCGGCGGCGGCGGCAGCAGCGGGGGUGCGUGCGCGCAUCUUGAUAGCGGAGGGGGCGGGAAAGGCCACGUGGAGGAGGAGAGCGCAGCGCCGCCCAAGAAGCGGUGCAAGCGCACAGGCUGAGGAGCCGGCUGAUGUCUAGGUAGUGGUCCGCGGUGGGGCUGGCAGGGCAUGCGUAGCGGUAUGACAAGUAGUGCGGCUGUUGACAACUGUGCUGCGUCUGACUGAGGUUGGCUCUGCUGUGGCAUCGCGAUUGCUAGGCACCUGGUUUGGCUAUGUGCCUGUGGAAACCGACCCCGGCUAUGUCCGGGCGAUGAGGUUGUUCGGCCUCAGACUGUGGAGGGGCUCAGCUCCUUUUCCCGUGACCGGGGAACACUUGUCGCUUUGAGCACCGCAUCCAAUACCUGUUCACACACCGGCGUGCCGCUGUGUGGCCGGAACGCCCAUCAAGAUCCAGACACGAUGAGAGGCACGGCCGAUGGCGCCGAGUAAAGCCAUCACCACGCCCAGUGUUCCGGCCAGCUGUUGUACUGUUACGAUCCCUGUUCGAGACAGGGCUGGGCCCUAACUGAUGCCUCUUACGAGUCUUCUAGUGACUACGCGGUCACCUAAGCCUCAUCCGUCACAUCUCGAACGCCUUACCAGUCUCCACACUGAGUUGUGUUCGGGGUGGGCUAGGUAGGCGUUUAAUCGCGCGCCUGCAGUGGUUCCCGUAUGGUAGCUGGCCUGCUUGUUGCUGGGCUAGUGAACGCGGCUGCUUGGAUAGGUGUGCGAGGGGACAGUGGUAAGGCAGGUUGGUAAAGUCCCGUAGGGCGCAGCUGAUUCCCAGAACUAA